UUGAUCCGUCUGAGAGUUGGUUUUGCAAGUGAUCCCUCGAUGCUCUGGUGCACGUAUGGAAUAAUGAGCUCACUGGAGCAGUAGACGCAAAUGCUAAGCUUCCUCUUCAGCCUGCUUCCAAGUCAGCCCCCUGGUAUUCGGAUCGGAAGAAGUACGGGAGCUGAAGCAGCGAGGAAGAAGACGAGAGCGCACGUAGAGGAAGACUCCGCACGGGUCUGACCGGUUUCACGGAGCACUUUUCGAAAAGUGCGGAGGAGCCGCCUUGAUGUGGAAGCCUGUGCAUCUGAGUUUUGUCGUAGUAGAAUAAUGUCUGUACACAGGCUGAGAAGCUCGGGGGAGGGAUCUUGGGAAGCGAAAUUCGCCACCUAAAAGUAAAGCAACUAAGGCAAUGGAGCCCGGCCUCCACCACUUCAGGGAGGCGGGGACGCCCUUAGCCAAAGCUCCCGCCUUCCUCCUCCUCCGCCUCGGCUUGGGGCGAAUAGGAGGCGCCGGCUCGAAGUGCGGCCCUCCCAGGCUCCGCCAGCUUUCCCGGCGCAGGCCCGGCUACAGCCUCCUUUCGCUCGGCGGCCCGCCCUCCUUCACUAACUUCUUCACCUUUGCGCUAGCGCUGCGCCGCUCUCGCCAUGGCCUUCGCCACCCGCCAGCUCGUGCGCUUCGCGUCCACCGCGGCUGCCAAGAAGCUCGUGGUGAAGCAUGUGACGGUGAUCGGGGGCGGCCUGAUGGGCGCCGGGAUUGCCCAGGUUGCUGCAGCAACUGGCCACACAGUGAUAUUGGUGGAUCAGUCAGAUGAAAUAUUAAAUAAAUCCAAGAAAGGAAUUGAAGAUAGCCUGAAAAGAUUGACAAAGAAAAAGUUUGCAGACAAACCUGAGGCUGGUGCUGAGUUCACUGAGAAGACUUUAAAGAACAUUACAACAAGCACAGACCCAGUCUCCGUCGUACACAGCACGGACCUUAUAGUAGAAGCUAUUGUGGAAAAUUUAACUGUGAAAAAUGAGCUCUUCAAGACACUGGACAAGUUUGCACCAGAGCACACGAUAUUUGUUAGCAACACUUCGUCCUUGCCUAUCACAGACAUAGCCAAUGCUACUACCAGGCAGGACCGAUUUGGUGGCUUACAUUUCUUUAAUCCAGUGCCUAUGAUGAAACUUGUGGAGGUUAUCAAGACACCGAUGACCAGCCAGAAGACCUUUGAGUCCCUCAUGGAUUUCAGCAGAGCAUUGGGGAAGAAUCCAGUGUCUUGCAAGGACACUCCCGGGUUUAUUGUGAACAGUCUUCUUGUGCCGUAUCUGAUGGAAGCAGUUCGGCUUUUUGAGAGGGGAGAUGCAUCAAAGGAAGAUAUUGAUGUUGCCAUGAAGCUGGGGGCAGGCUAUCCCAUGGGCCCAUUUGAACUCUUGGACUAUGUUGGCUUGGAUACUACUAAAUUUAUUAUUGAUGGAUGGCAUUUGGUAGAGCCAGACAACCCCCGCUUUGCUCCAAGCCCACUCUUGAACCAACUGGUAAAGGAGAAGAAACUGGGAAGGAAGACUGGAGAAGGAUUUUACAAAUACUAAUGAACUCCAUGGGGUGCAGAAUGUGCCAUGUUUAUCUACAGAAGAAUAACCACCCAUAUGCAUCUUGGUAUUUCCAUAGUGCACUUGGAAUUUUGCUUAAUCAGGGCCUUUAAAAAUGACAGCACCAUCUAUGCUGUACAUUUUGAUUGAAAUAGCCAAGACACAAUCAUUUUUCUUAGUUGAUUAUGUAUUCCCUUGAGAGCUUUACACCCUGAAGUGCCUUUCUUCAUAAGCCUGCUUUAUUCAGGUACAAGGUACUGUCCCAAAGACCAACUGGGCUCUGAGUGCAUGGGCUUGUAAGAACCUGCUAAGUUGGUAAACUUAUUUUUAAUGCAAAUAAAAUAGUCCUAAGAUA